CGAGUUUUGCUCGAUUUAAAAAUAGAAAGUCUAUUUUGCGACUUAAAUUUUUCUCCCGAAUAUGUAAAAAUAGAUUGUUUUUAUUUUUAAAUUUAAAUUUUUUUUUUGAUGCGAAAGUCGAAGAUUUUAGCAUUUAUAAGCUUCCUUUCAAUGGAAAAAUGGAAGAUUUCUACUUUGAGAAUUUAGAGACUUUUCUUUUGUUUUCACGUCGAAAUAGAGAGAAGUAUUUCCGUCUCAGAAAUCUCUUUUGAUACAAGAGUAGAAAGUUAUUGCUGCCUUUGAGACUUGUUGUUUGAUAGUGUUUAACAGGUCUUUCGUUAUUUGCCGCGGCAUCGUUUUGCAUUGUAGACCGUUUGCUUGGAUUUCAGCACCCGAUACAGCAGAUACCGCAAAAUAAUCUUCAACAAAAUAACGCUCAGAGCCUGCAGCGGGACAAUAUGCCGAGAAGAACGGAUGUGAAGCCAAGAGGACGGAUGACAGCGUACACGUACUUCGUCAAGUCAUGUCACCAGGAGCAUAAAAAGAAGCAUCCCAAGAGGAAGAUUUACCCCCAGUUUUUCGCCAAAAAUUGUGGAAAGAGGUGGAAGACUAUGUCGGACAUCGAGAAGAAGCGUUUCCACGAAAUGGCAGAGAAGGACAAGAAGAGAUACGACACGGAGAUGCAGAACUAUACGCCGCCUAAGGGAGAGAAUAAGGGCAGGGGCAAGAAACGCAAACACAUCAAGGAUCACAAUGCUCCCAAGAGAUCGCUGUCUGCUUUCUUCUGGUUCUGCAACGAUGAACGCGGAAAGGUCAAAAUGCUGAAUCCUGAAUAUCGCGUAGGCGAUAUAGCUAAGGAAUUAGGCAAGAAAUGGUCGGACGCAGAUCCCGAAACCAAAUCCAAAUACGAGGCUAUGGCAGAGAAGGACAAGGCUCGAUACGAAAGGGAAGUGAGAAACGCGUAUAAAAAGAAAAUACAAAACAACGGCGUUCCGGUGGUCGAAACUAUAACAAUAAGCGACAGCGAAUGGGAGGAAUGGGAGGACGUCGAGGACGACGACGAAUAGCGGAUGCACGUCGAAAUUUCUUCAUCUAUCACCCCGUGUCCUUCAUCCUGAAAGCAUACCUCACCUACUGUACUGUACCAUUGACCUUAGCGUAAGCGUACUUACACCACCAUCACUAGGAAAACGAAGCAACUAAUCACCAAGCAACCUAACAAUCAACCAAGAAGCUUUCUUCAACAAUCCCCCACCAACCAACCUUCUAAUUCUUUCCCCGAUUAUUUACGAUAAUGAUAAAGUAAUCCGCGCUAAUUAUGGUAAUUAUUUUAAAAGGAAAAACUGGUAUGCAUGAGUGGUGCGCGAGCGUGAGCGAGAGAGGAUCAUUGUGUUAGUGAACAUUUGUACUUUAACAUAUUGAUAGUAACGAUGAUGUAAAGCGGCUAGUAAGAUAUAGCGGAAGAUAAUGGAAGAAAAAUAAAUAAGUAAAAUGAGAAAUUAUGAGUAAAAUGCAAAAGCGGAAGAGAUAAGACGUGGCAGAAUGCCCAAUACUUUCUCUAUCCGGAUGGAAGGCGCAGGGGCUCAAUCACUGUUGACUUUGUGCUCUGUCGACGCUAUAUUACGAGCUAUGUAGCUUAGUUUACUAAUGAUGAAAUGCCGCGAUAAUGACGGCCUCCGUAGGGCGGGGAUCGGAGAUGGCUGUAGUUCUUUUUGCCGUGUUCUUUCGGAUUUUAUCCGGUCAUGCGAGGAUUGUGUCCUUUUGUGUCUUUUUCACGCAUUGCCAUCGGCACUGGUGAGAAAGACAGAGAGCUCUCUCGGAUCCUCGCUUUCGAAAGAAGCGAAUCAUGUCGCGUCGUUGCAAAAUUAAUAUACUUUUUUGGGGAACUCUUUUUUU